AUGAGGAUCACAGAUAGCCGCAACCCGCUCACCUAUGCCAAAGUAUACGACGCCCUCGCGAACGGUAUACCAAUGGUGGUGUCUGGCAUCAAUCCAGGUCACCGCAACCUGACACCCGAAUAUUUCGUGCAAAAUCACGGCGAUACGGUGGUUACACUCACCAACACGAAAACAGGCUCGCAGCGCAAACUCGCCUUGAAGCAUUUCAUGUACAAGUUUGGAAAACCCCAAGACCCGAAGAAUCCGGAGAAACUUCAGGAUUGGCCGCCCUCUGCCAACUUUGCGGCGAAAUUCCCCGAGAUAUUCGACCUUUUUGAAGACUGUCUCGUAGCUCCCUGGAUCACAUCAAGAAGAGGGCCUCUCAAUCUCGAGAUCAACAUGCCAACAGAUUCGUGCCCUCCCGACACAGGUCCCAAGGCUUACCUCGCACAUGGCGCGGCUGGCGGUACCACUACCCGACUACAUUGCGACAUGAGUGCCGCGAUCAAUGUCUUAUUUCACGCGGAGGGUGGUUCUAAAGGCGGUGCAUUGUGGAAGAUGAUCGAUCGCGACGACAUGGCUCGCGCUGCAGAGUUGUUGAGCGACUGGAAGCGUGGUUCUUAUGGUGACGGCCACCCGAUUCACUCUCAGCAGCUCAACCUUACCGAGGAAGACGUUCGGAAGUUGAAUGAUGAAGGUGUGCACGUUCGGACCUUCAUCCAAAAGCAAGGAGAGGCGGUUUUUAUACCAGCCGGUGUCGGACACCAGGUCGACAACGUGACUUCGUGUAUCAAGAUUGCCGUUGACUUCGUACCGCCCGUUGAUGUUGAGCAAGCACGGCAAAUCAGCGAAGAGCUACGCCAGCACCGUCUAGCUUGCGGGGAUACGGAGUCCGAGGAUGUGCUUCAACUCUCGGCCAUCUGCUGGUGGACGUAUAAACGUUGGGAGGCUGAAGACCUUGCAAAUGCGCGUUCAGAUCCAGGUUCGGAUCCUCGGUCGUCGCAGUACUCUGCCGCUCCGGCCUAUCUGCCAGUCCCUCUCACUAUUGAUGGACGUUAG